AGACACCAACAGGGCCCAAACUGAUGACGUGGUCCGGUCUGUCGUUGACCAGAGCAGCAGUAUGGCCGACCAGAGCAGGCAAAUAAAACUCGCUGCAGCUAAGAAAAAGCUGAAGGAGUUUCAGCAGAAGAGCUCCCCUGUGGGAGGAGAAAAGGGUGGAGGUGGUGGAGGAGGAGGAGGAGCAGGAGCCAAGAAGAAGAGGAAGCUGAAGGGACUGAGCCAACACGAUGCACCUUCAUCAGACAGAAACUCUCCAGACAAUUUUGACUGUAUUCUGAAAGCACUUAGUCAAAGCAAUGGAGUAGUCCUGCCUCCUUAUGGCAACAGUCAGGCCUUUGCUGACAUGGAGGCCAUCGGGUCUUCAGCGCCCCAGUUGCUGGAGGACCCACAGGGCGAGCCGGGUCAUGGCUCGCCCGUGUCUAACCUCGCUAGCUCUAACGCCGCUACUAACCCUGAGUCUGUUGGUCACAACACUGACCUCCAGGACUAUCCCGAUACCAACGGCAACGAGAGUUUAACAGAAGGAAAUAGACCGCUGUCUUCCACAGAGAGCCUGAGACAGCUCUCACAGCAACUCAACGGCCUCGUCUCUGAGUCAUCUUCUGCAUAUGUGAAUGGGGACAGUCCACCUCUGGGUGAGAGGGAGCUGGAGGGUCGCAACCAGGAGCUGGCAGCCGCCCUGGAGUCCAGCAAGCUAACAAACUCUCAGUUAAAUACCAAGCUAGACCAGCUGGCACAGCAAUCUCAGGUGGUCUCCGAUCAGCUACAAAAGGAGCGAAAAGAAUUUGAACAGAGAUCUUCAAAAGAGCAGGGAGGCAUGCGGGAGCAACUACAGGUUCACAUCCAGACCAUUGGUAUACUGGUAUCGGAGAAAUCGGAGUUACAAACGGCGCUACAAUACACACAACAUGCUGCACGGCAGAAAGCAGCUGAAGCAGAUGAGUUGAAUAACCGUCUGCAGGCAACAAAGCAGAGAGUGUCGGAGCUGGAGAGAACUCUCUCCUCUGUCUCAACACAGCAGAAACAGUUUGAAAAGCACAACAAAGAGUUUGAAAAGGAGCGAGACAGCCUGAGGCUAGAGGUGUUUAGACUCAAUAAUGUGAGUGAGGAGUCGAAGCAGCAGAACUCGGAGCUGUCGGAGCGGAUAAAGCUGAGCACACGGGAGAACGGAGCGAUGAGGCUGGAGGUGGAAGAUCUUCGCAAGAGACUCGAGAUAACUGACCUCAUGUUGCAACAGUGCUCCAGUCAGUCAGAUCCCACCAGUGCCAACCAGCAGGUCCAGUUACUGCUGGGAGAGAAGCAGCAGCUGGAGGAACAUAAUCACCAGCUGAUGGAGUCAAUUGGCCAGCUGCAGACGGAGAGGGACUGCUAUGCAGAGCAGAUCCAGGAGGAGGGUCGUGUAUGGAAGGACAAAACAGAACAGCUGCUAACGCAGGUGUCUUUGGUGGCAGAGGAGAGGGACCGAAACAUUAGCCGUGUCCAGGAACUGGAAGCCAGCAUCACAGACCUAAAAAAUGCUGCAGUGUUGUUGUCCCAGGAGAGAGAGGCCCUGGAUAACGCAGAGCCUCAGUCCUCGGGGCCAUCAGAGAGUGAGGUGGCUCUGCAGGAGGCCCUCAACACUCUACAUCAGGAGAAAGACGCUCUUAUCGCACAGUACCACGCGCAGCUACGGGAUAACGAGCAGCUGAGCCGCAUGUGUGUAGAGCAGGAGUCGCGUCUGGGGGAGAUGGAGCAGCAGGUGGAGAGACAAGUCGAGGACGGAGACGACCGCCGGCGCAUGUUGGAGGACGUUCAGUCAGACAAGGCCACCAUUAGCCGUGCUCUCACCCAGAACCGGACACUGAAGGACCAGCUGGCUGAGCUCCAGAACGGUUUUGUCAAACUGACUAAUGAGAACAUGGAGCUGACCACUGCCAUCCAGUCAGAGCAACAUGUGAAAAAGGAGCUGGCUCGCAGAAUGGGUGAACUGCAAGAGGAGCUGCACGACGUCAAGGAGCAGCUGGAACUGAAAAGUAGGGACACCCAGGGUCUGAUGGAGCAGAGGGACCAGGUCGUGGCCCACCUGCAGCAGUACUCUGCGGGCUACCAGACCCUGGCCUCAGAGAGGGAACAGAUCAACCACCAGUACCUGCAGCAGAUCCAGCUCAUGGACCGGCUGCAGCACGAUGAAAGCCAGGGCCGUGUGCAACUGGAGAUCAGUCACAAUCAGCUCAAGCAAGCGCAGGAGCAUUUGGAAAUGUUAGUCAAAGACAACGAGCACCUGAAGGCUGAGGUGAAGGAGCUGCUCAACAGCUCAACUCUUGUCUCAUCAUCCAGAGACCAAGGCGACGGAGUGGAGAGCCAGUCACUGCCAGAGAGCCCGGAGAAAUCCUCCAUAGUUAUCCCAGAGGACUUUGAGAGCCAGAAGGAGAUGGAGGAGUUUAUCUGUGGAGCUUUGGCUCAGCUGCAGGCGGAGAGGGACGAGGCCAGAAGGCAGCUGGAGGAGGAACACAGGCUCCACAUGGCAGCCAGGCACCAGGCCGCUCUGGCCCUCAGCCUAGAGCACCAACACCACAGCUACACACCCGGUUAUGACGACCAUCACGAGCACGAUCACACCGAGGGCCAACAUGGUGACUGUGAACACAGUCACGAGCAUUCAGAAGGAGGAGUACCGGUGGAAGUUCAUCAGGCCCUGCAAAAUGCCAUGGAGAAGCUUCAGCAGCGUUUCUCCUCCCUCAUGAGGGAGAAAGCUGACCUGAAGGAGAGGGUGGAGGAGCUGGAGCACCGCUGCAUCCAGCUGUCUGGAGAGACCGACACUAUAGGGGAGUACAUAGCUCUGUACCAGAGUCAGCGGGCCAUCAUGAAGCAGAAACACCAGGAGAAGGAGCAGUACAUCAGCAUGCUGGCCCAGGACAAGGAGGAGAUGAAAGCGAAGCUGUCGGAGCUGCAGGAUCUGGUGAUGAGGCUGGUGGCCGAGAGGAACGACUGGUACAGCCGCUACACCGGAGCUGUAGCCGGCGCAGGCACGGUGAACUCCGACCUGCUUCCUGUGGGGGAGGAUCACACUCACCCAGAGCACCACGCACACCUUAAUGCUGUCAGUGGAGCAGAAGAUAUGGAGAUCAUUCCUUUGUCAGAGCCCACCACAGGCCUGGAAGCCCCCUCGUCACAGGCGCUGUCGAGCGGGUCAGCCCAGAGUGACUCCAGGCCCCCGGGGCCCAACGAAGACGGCACCGCCCAGCAGAUCAUGCAGCUGCUCCAGGAGAUCCAGAACCCCCAGGGAGCCCUGAGAUCGCCCCCUUUCCUCGGGGAGAACCCCUGCAUCCCCUUCUUCUACCGGCCUGACGAACAGGACGAAGUCAAGAUCCUGGUGGUGUGAGGCGUGACUGCGGCUGGGCGUGUCGUCCAGUGUGUAUGUAUAUGAGAUAGUGGACAUGUCUUGAAGUCUGGGGAAUAUUACAGUACACCGUGUUUGUAGCUUGUUGGAUCAUAUUCACAAACACUUUUCAAGAAAUAUGACACUAGUCACAGUUAUCUGAAUGUCUUUGACCCAGUUACAUUUAAAUGCCCCCCCCCCCCUCUCCUCUCUGCUCUGUGUGCAUAGUUAAAAGGAGUGUAUUAUGUAUUUUUUUGUUUUAUGUGGUUCUUUAUUUAUGAGAGAGAGAACCGGUAUAUCUUAGCGCAAUCCGAUUAUUCUCCAUGCCACCAUUUUUAAUCACUCGUCUCCCAUCUUACACAUAAGUGCAAUAAAGGGUCCAUAUAUAUAUAUAUAUAUUCUGAACCCUUGCUGAUACAUUACUACAAGAGCUGUCAAAAAACGUGUGUGACUUCGGCGCAGAAUCUCAGUUUUUACACAAUUAACUGUACAAAUGCCAAAUAACAGCAUCGCGUUUGAAUGUAAUAACCCGAAUAUCUACCCGUUUGUUUGUGUAAUGUGAGGAGAAGGGACGAUGGUGGAUGGGCACACGAGGGGAAGAGGUGCAGAGGACGAUGUAAGUUUAAGUCGGCGAGAGAAACUUGAGAGCACGUACCAGCCUCUGAACUGUAGGCGCUGCUCCGUUUCAAAGUCGAGAGUUUGCGAGUUACGUGAUAAGAUUCAGGGAGACGGAGGCAGGUGUCGUAGAUUGGUUCUGUUCCUAAAAUAUCCUUUUGUCUUUUUCCUCCAAACACUGAAAAUAAGUCUAAUUUUUGUACAAUGUGAAGCGUUAAUAUGUGUGAAACAACUGUGUUGUGAUGUCAAACAUCCUGUUAGACUGAGAGGAGUCACCGCCGCUAUGAAAAGGUGGUUUCUAAAGUCCUUGAGGGGAUAGAUGCAAUUUAAUAGAUUCCACGAAAACCUAUUUUAGUCAAAGUUAUUGAGACAUUAUUUUCAGAGUGUAAUUCUGAUAAAUGAUAGAGCUUUGGGCUGCUUCCCACUUUAUUGUUUUCUCUGUGUUUGUCAUUGGCCGCGUAGAUACUCUGGAGGAAGUUACAGGAAGUAUGGUGUUAAAACGCACCCGUAAGUCAUCGCUCUUCUUCAAAUACUCUCUAACCUGAGGCAUUUGGCUGGCCUCAUCUCAAAUGUCCACACUCUAUUUGUUGCUCCACAAACUGACACUAUUAAGAUAAGAGCCUGUUCUCUUCUGUUACGUUUGCUUAUGUUUCCACUUAUCAAAGAUGAAUUAAAUGCACAUCCUUUACGACUGGACUGUGUGAGUUUACGUGUGUGUGUGUGAUCCAAACCGUUGUCUGUUGUACUUCUUGUAGACCUCUAUCAGAUGAUAUAAGUAUGAUUGCACUAAAACUGUACGAAGCCUCUCGUUCGGCCCCUUACCUGCAGCUCACUGAUCCCUGUGGAGGAAAAGGGGGAAUCCUAUGAAGCCCCGGUCUGAAGCUGAGGGUUCCAGUUGAAGCGAAUUAAUUUAAUUGAGUGUGUGUGUGUGUGCGCAGUGUUGCACUCGGAGGAUGAAUUGUAAAUAUGAAUAGAAGGUGAAAUCCCAAAGGUAUGGGACCAGUCACAAUUUGAAAAAAUGAACAGAGAUGCUCAUAGUCACAAAUGUAGAUUGGCGGAUGGACUGACUUCACUAUAGAGCCUUCUUCCCCUUUACAACUAGCACCCACGAGCUACGCUAUCGCAGCUCCUUUACCUUUCAUUUCAGAUUAAAUCACGACAGAGGCCUCUGGUUUUUAAGAGUCUUCCCAUGAUUUUAAUAUGCAAGGACAUGCGGGUCAUACCAAACUCUCAGUGACUGAUUUUGUUUUUUUGAGGUAUAUUAACCUCAUUUGGAUGUCUUUGGAUUUUAAGAUCCUCUCUGUUGUGUUUACUUUGAGGUAGAGGACACAUUUGUUCACUUGUUAAAUAGCACACUUGAUAUUUAUCACUAAAUGCAGAACGCAUUAGUGCACAUUCUGGCAUUUUAAAGGAAAGGAAAAUGUAACGGGUGGAGGCCGUAUGUGUAAUUUACAGGUGUAGACAGUGCAGCCUCUACAUUAAACCACAACGCUUUGAAUACAUUUACUUUAAUCAUUCUUGAUUUCAAAUAUUCCUCACUUCUUAGCAUUCUCUCACUUUUGGGUUUUCCUUUUGAAAAAUGCCACAAAAUAUGAUUUAUUUUUCUUCCUUCAUUUUGUUUUUUUUGGGGUUAGACCAAGAGUUGAAUAUCCAAUAAAAUCCUUUUGGUGAUUUCGGGGCUUGUAAGAUAACAUUUAAGACGAUGUGGGUGAAAUGACGUCCCACCCUCUCUGAGUCACUGUUAAAUAUGUUUUGCGCGAUGAAAGAAAUGGCAAUGAGAAGGCAUUUAUUGUCUUUACUGUAGAAGUAAAGCGGGUGUAUAUACUGUAACUGUGUAACAUAUUGUAUAUUCAUUAUGCCUGGUGUGUGGUGUGUGGUGGGGGGGGAAGCUGCUCUGGCAGUGUGGACCGUGUGUGUCGUUGGCGGUUACUGACUGGCUGUGAUUUAAUACAAAGAUUGACUAAAAAAAAAAAAGAGAAAUUAUUCUAUUUAUUUGGAAUACGUUAGUAUCUCAACUAAUCAGUUUUAUUGUAAAAUAGACGUCACUUUUGGAUGGAAAUGAAGGAUCCUUCAGAGAACUGAUUGGUUCGAGGGCUGCUUCUGACAGAAGCUUUCUGAUUUGUUGUUUUUCCUCGAGUAAUAUUUUCUCCCCUUCUGAUUAAAACUGAUUGAGCAACUUGAA